UUUACGGAAAAGUAGGCCUAAAAUGUUAUAGUGUCUAAAAACAAUAUUCAGUUAAUGGAAUUACACUUUUUUCCAUUACUGCUUGCUUGAUAUUGCCCUAACAACUUUUUCAUGAAUCAAUUUUGAGCAUUAUGUUUACAACGUAGUUAUUAUAGCACGAAAUAUGAGUCUAAAAUGCCAAAUACUUGCAACUAUUAUGUUAAUCACUGAAAUCUUAGUGUACUAAUUGCUCGCUAUAAGCUAGGUUAUUGCGCCCCUAAACCAACGUACUGACAACCGACAACGCUACCUCCUCGGAACUCAAACUUUAACAUUGAGUUAUCAAUUCUCCGGUACCAGUCAUCAUGGUAAGAAGACAUGGUAGACGAGCAGGGCACGGCCGUCGGGGUGGACUCCACCACCAUCACAGGGCCGGCAAUUUCACGAGACGCCAUCAUCAUCAUCACGGGAUACGGAUAGGUCACAACAGGACCGUCCACAGUGGGUGGUCAGCAGGAAAUGUGCGUUUUGGAAACUACCGACGUGGGAGGUCCAUGCCACCUGGAAUAGCUUGUGGAGUGGUUUUGUUGUUCUUUGGCGUGUUCAUUUUCUUCCCAGGAGUAACGCUGACUAUAGUGGGCAACUCUGGUCAAUCAAGCACAUUUGCUCUAGGCAUCAUUGGUCCAAUUCUGUUGUGUGUUUCACUGAUCAUCAUCACAAUUGGUAUUGUCCUUGUUGUUUUGAUGUGCAAGAAGGCGAAAGAACAACAAGCAGGGCAGGCUGACGGACCGCAAGGGACUGUUGUACAAGGGCCAGGUGGAGGAGUGGUUUUAGCUGGGGCAGUGCCCGCUGGUGCCCAGCCAGCACCCUAUGGAACAGAGCCUCAGACAACUCCCUACGGAACUGGACCUCAGUUAGCCCCAUAUGGGCAACCAGCACCAUAUAUUGGGAACCAGCAACCACCAUAUGGUGGUCCCUACAGCCAACCACCUUUUGUGGGAGUACCACCACAAGGAAACAUGUAUGGGGCAGGGUUUGGCACAGAGUAUUCGCAACCUGGACCUCCGCCCUCUGCACCACCUGAGGCAAAUCCUAACCCGAAUGCUGCGCCACCACCAUCCUAUGAGCAAGCUACUGAAAAAUAUUAGACAUCUUGUUCAAGCCAUCCUCUGAGUCUCCAACAUGUUCAGCCUGUGAUUGACUUUAGAUGUUUUAUCGGAUCAUAUACCGUCCCAUGGAGUUUGCAAAGUUGUAAAUGUGCAUACUUUUUAGAUGAACAGCCCCUAACUAAUGUCCUACUGGCAUCCAUUUAUUAUGCCAUCCAUUCGUUACGUCAUGGGCCAGUUUGGGACAAAAAUGUGUGUGGCUGUCCGUCCCCAAUUACACAUUGUCAUAUUACACUUUUUUAUUGUGCAUGCAAUGUUAUGCAACUUGUCAUACAUUUUAUUUUUAUAUCAAUGUACACAUGUCAAUAUGAAUGUUCAGAUUUCAAAUUUAGGGCCAACAAAUUUGACCUCAAACAGAUAGUUUUAUAGCGUCAUUUCUUUAUUAGUUUUAGCUUUUCAAACACUUUACAUGAUCUGUCUUUCUUGUGAAAAAAGGAAGUUUCUUUUAUGAACCUUUUCUGAACAGUUCAAAGUUAAUAAUAAAGUUUGUCUUCCAAUUUUAAAUCCUUCUACAUGUUCACGUUUCUUCAGUUCUGAGAUUGUUUGUUGACUCAAAAGUCACUUCAGGGACAUUGUUAUGCACUUAGCACAACAGCCGGGCGACAAUUUUUUAUACUAUUGAAGGAAUUGUUUCUAGUUUCUAAAACAGACACUUGUUAGGAGUCAACGUAUAAAUUACAUUCGUCUAGCCUGGAUGCGACUUUUUUUUCAAAUCAUACUUCAGUAUGUCUGUUUCCAUGUGCACGCAUCAACUAACUGUCUGUCACCGUGCUAUAUAUGAGUUUAUAGUAAGUUUAAAAGUGUUCGUGCAUUUGUGCAAUUUGUUGAUAAAAAUACUCUGUUGAUUGAGUUCUGUUAAUUGUCAAAGCAAAUCUUUUAAAUUUGGGGGGGGGGGAUUUUGUGGUGCAGCAAUUAGGUCUAAGCCAUGUUUAAAAUGCACUGUCAACUGAAGUGGGCACAUUUGAUCUCUAAUGCAUUAACCAUUAAAUUUUGGUAUUUGGCUUUUGAAAAUGAGCUCAUUUGCCAACUUUAUCUACACAUCUUAUUUUACACAAGAAAACUUCUGGCUGCAUAGCAUUAUGUCUGCUGUUAAUUUAUGAACAAUAACAUGGUCAUAUUUUUUUCCGAAAUGUUGUUGUCCUUUAGUCCACAUAGAGAGCAUAAAACUUAUUCAAAGAUGUUCAAUGUACUUGUAGUUAAAGUACCACCGUUAUUAAUACAUGUAAAAUAAAAUAAAAUACAACAUAUUACAGUGUCCUGUCCAAGCUCUAGGCUUGCCCGAAGGCACUGUACAGAGAUUAGAUUAUUCUGGUGAGGUAUUCUUGCAAAAGAUAUUGGUAUCCAAGUGGAAUCCGAUCGAGGUUGUUGUGUAGGAAGUAUUCACCAAAUUUUAGCUAUGCAUACACUUCAUUGUCUAUAAAGCAGUGAUUUCACCAGAAUGGAUGAUGGAUAUUUUACAGAACUGUUAGAAGUUAUGUAUAAGAUGCAUGUGUUCAUGUCUUCCAGAUUGUUCAAGCAAACACAGAACGUCAUUGUAUCCACUGUAGAUAUGUAGAAUUGUAUAUUUUCCUGUGUAUCAUAUGCAUAAAUUAUUAUUCUAAUAAAAUAUUAUAACCUA